AUGUUUUCAGAAGCAACCAAGGAAGCAAAAUAAGAUUAAUUGGUUCCUCAAUUAAAUCAGACUCCCAGUAGCACAUUCUUUGUAUACAAUUGUUACAUACCUGUUGUCUAAGAUUUUAUGAAUCAGCCUCCCACAUUGCAGGUUCGAAAUUCAAGUAAGUUUGUCUUGAGCAUUCUAGGUGAAUCUUUCCCGUAGAUAUUGAAAUAAACAGACAGUUUACAAAUGGGACAUCUCGGAGGAGGGAUGUCAAUUCCAAGUUUUUAAUUUGGAGCAUCCACUCCUUUUAUUAAUGCAGAGGAUGUUAUGAGGAAUGUUCAACCGCAAACUACUCAGAAUCAUUUCGCAUCAUUCAUUUUAAAUGAACAACUCAAACCGUAGAAUCAGCCCUAAAAAAAUAGAAUUAUUGAGGGAACACAAAUUAUGUGUGACAUUGAAAUUGUACUCAUUUCUCGUUAUUUCGAUAUGAAGGCUACUGUUUUUUGCUCUCCUAACAAUAAAUACAAUUUGAAGGAUGACACCUCCAUUUCGAAUUCCGAGUGGCUUAAAGAUCGAAUGUCCUACAGAUACAAGAAACCCAUCAAGGAAUCUUUCUGCGAUAUGAUUGAGGUCAUACAAAAGGAAGGCGAGGCAAAUAUGAAGGGAAUCAUCCAACCAGUUAAAUUCUAAUAAAAUGGUUUCGAUUCUAUAGAACGGCAAGUGCCCAAAAGUGUGAAAGUAGAAAAGCCCUUCUCCCUUUUCAUUUUAGAAAUACAGCAACUCAUUUCUUCAUUUCUAUUUAAUACCUAUUGA